AUCAAAGUAUAAAAGUGCAGUGUGCAUCUAAGACUGAGCAAGUGACACUAAGAUGAUAAAUUCAUGUUUCCACAAUAGCGUUAACCCCUUUCCACACAAAAAGGAGCACGAGACGUGAAUGCCACUAUUUCAGCCACUGAUUCACACAAUAAAGCUGCUGAUGAAACGCAGGAGGAGUUGCCAACAGGGAGGGACAUUGAAAGUGAAAGUAACAAGUCGGACUGACAGACGCCAUUUUCUCGUCGACAGAGCCGCAGCAGCAGAACAGGACUGGAGAAGAUGAAUGAUUUAACAGAUGAGGAGGAGGACGGCUCAGUGUCUGCAGUCCCCAGCUGUCUGUCUCUGAAGAGUGACAGGUCUAAAGAAGAACCUCUACACUUCAGUAAUGAACCUGGACCCUCAGACACAAAAAAGAAGAGCAAAACUCCUGUUUCUGUGGAGGAGCAGCUGUCCAGCUGUGCUUUGUGUCAGGACGUCCUGAAGGAUCCAGUCUCUACCAGCUGUGCACACACAGAUAGAGGUCUGCAGGAGGUUUUAGAUGAACAUAGGAUCAGUCUGAAGAGGAGAUGUGAACGUGUGACUGAAGGAAGUGAAGAAACAGUGAGUAAAACCCUCCUCAACAGGAUCUACACUGAGCUCUACAUCACAGAGGGACUGAGUGAAGAGGUUAAUACUCAACAUGAGGUGAAGCAGCUUGAGACAGCUUCCAAGAAAAAGAUCCUCCGUGACGCUCCAAUCAAGUGCCACGACAUCUUUAAAGCCUCACCUGACCAACAGGUACACAUCAGAGUCGCUCUGACGGUCGGCGUCGCUGGCGUUGGAAAAACCUUCUCAGUGCAGAAGUUCACUCUGGACUGGGCAGAGGGUUUGGAAAACCAAGAUGUCAGUCUGCUGAUUCCGCUUUCCUUCAGGGAGCUGAACUUGAUCAAAGCUGAGCAGUACAGUCUUCUCAGGCUGCUCCAUGUUUUCCAUCCAACCUUACAGAAGGUCACAGCAGAGACGCUCGCUGUCUGUAGCGUUUUGUUCAUCUUUGACGGCCUGGAUGAAAGCAGACCUUCACUGGAUUUCCACAACAAUGAGGUUGUGUCUGAUGUCACACAGCCGUCAUCAGUCAACGUGCUGUUGACAAACCUCAUCAGCGGGAAUCUGCUUCCCUCGGCUCUCGUCUGGAUAACUUCCCGACCUGCAGCAACCAAUCAGAUCCCUCCUGCACGUGUGGACAGGGUAACAGAAGUACGAGGCUUCACUGACGUCCAGAAGGAGGAGUACUUCAGGAGGAGAUUCAGUGAUGAAGAACGGUCCGGCAGAAUCAUCUCUCACAUCAAGACAUCCAGGAGCCUCCACAUCAUGUGUCUGAUCCCCGUCUUCUGCUGGAUCACUGCUACAGUUCUGGACCACAUGUUGACUACAGACCAGAGAGGAGAGCUGCCCCAGACCCUCACUGACAUGUACUCACACUUCCUGCUGGUUCAGACCAAGAGGAAGAAGCAGAAGUAUGAUGAGGGACAUGAGACGAGUCCACAGGAGCUGAUGGAGGCUGACGGGAAACUUCUUCUGAAGCUGGGGAGGCUGGCGUUUGAACAUCUGGAGAAAGGAAACAUCAUGUUCUACCAAGAAGACCUGGAGCAGUGUGGUCUUGAUGCCACGGAGGCCUUGGUGUACUCAGGAGUUUGUACAGAGAUCUUCAAAAGAGAGAGUGUGAUCUUCCAGAAAACAGUCUACUGCUUUGUUCAUCUGAGCAUUCAGGAGUUUCUGGCUGCAGUCUACCUGUUCCACUGUUACAGCAAGAGGAACACAGAGGUACUGGAGGACUUCCUGUGGAGUGACUGGGAGAAUGACUCAUCCCUGGAUGUCUUCCUGUCUGAAGCCAUGAAGAAAUCCCUCACAAGUAAGAAUGGCCACCUGGACCUGUUUGUCCGCUUUCUCCACGGCCUCUCUCUGGAGUCCAACCAGAGACUCUUAGGAGGCCUGCUGGGUCAGACAGACAACAGUCCACAAAUGAUCCAGAGAGCCAUCAACACCCUGAAGGAGAUGAGGAGUGACUAUACCUCUGCUGACAGAAAGAUCAACAUCUUCCACUGUCUGACAGAGAUGAAGGACCACUCAGUACAUCAGGAGAUCCAAGAGUUCCUGCAGUCAGAGAACAGAUCACAGAAGGAACUCUCUGAGAUCCAGUGCUCAGCUCUGGCUCACAUGCUGCAGAUGUCAGAGGAGGUUCUGGAUGAGUUGGACCUGAAUGAAUACAACACGUCACGGGAGGGACGACGGAGACUGAUUCCAGCUGUGAGGAACUGCAGAAAGGCUGUUGAGAUCAGAUGAACCACUGAUGUCACAGCGGCUUGUCCUGCCUCGUGUUCUGAAGAUGCCAGAGCAGAGACAGGGGAGUUCAGACGCAGUUACAACACACAAAGAAUUCCUUACGCCGUUUAUAAUCCAACAACACUAAAGAACAUCUAAAUAUAACUGGGAAACUGCAGAUGUGUGUAAGAAUCACUUUAGAUUACCUGCUCAUGAAUCCAUCGUGCUCUUUGCUGCCGUCCUCGCCCCGGAUUCC